AAAAAAAGAAAGGGUGCCUGUUGCCUAACACAACAGAACAGGGAGAUCAGUGAGCCCGACGACAAGAGAGAGAUAGAGAGACUAGUGAGAGAAACAUGAGGGAGGAGGUUGUAAGCUCUCUGGGAGAUCCGUUAUUGGCCCCAAAAUCAUCUACUCCGACCCCUGCUGCUAGUUCCGCAGGGGCAUCAUCUCCUGCUGGUCCGGCAAAUGUUGGCAGUAUAGACUGGUUGGGUCAUGGACAGGGUUCCAAAGCAGGUUCUCUAUCCCACAUUGGUUCACAGCACCUCUGGACUUCAUUGAGCACAAGUGCUGGUGGUUCUGCUCUUGGUUCCUCACAACCUUCUGGUCCUUCUUGUAGACCAUGGGAAAGGGGGGAUUUACUGAGGCGUCUUUCUACAUUUAAGCCUGCAAAUUGGGUUGGAAAGCCCAAGGUUGCCAGUUCACUGGCUUGUGCCAGAAGAGGCUGGAUAAAUGUUGGUGUUGAUAAAAUUGAAUGCGAGUCAUGUGGUGCAAACCUGAAUUUUAUUUCAUCAGCUUCCUGGUUGUCUGAGAAAGCUGAUAGUGCUGGGAAAGACUUUGCCAAACAGCUAGAUGGAGGGCACAGAGUCACUUGUCCUUGGCGAGGAAACAGCUGUGCUGAAAGCUUGGUGCAGUUUCCUCCUACUCCACCAUCGGCCCUGAUUGGGGGUUAUAAGGAUCGCUGUGAUGGACUCUUGCAGUUUCUCUUUCUCCCGGUUGUGGCUACGUCUGCAAUUGAGCAGAUGCGGGUUUCAAGAGGCCCCGAAAUUGAUCGCUUUCUGGUUCAGUCACAUUCAUUCACAAUUGGGGAGUCUGGCUUUAAGGCCGAGAAUAUCUCUGGAACGGAAAAUUCCAGAGAAGGAGCCUUCUAUAUAUACUCUUGUGCUCAGAAGCUGAUAAGCCUGUGUGGAUGGGAGCCAAGAUGGCUUCCAAAUGUCCAGGACUACGAGGAACAUUCUGCUCAAUCAGCUAGAGAUGGAUGCUCAAUUGGUCCUACCAAGGACUCUGGUCAUCUGCAAGAUCCUGGCCCCAGCAAAAAGGCAUUCUCCGCGUCAACAAAAAAGGGUUCUGCGAAGAAUGUACUAGGUCCAGAGUCUAAAUCCAAAUCUAGGUCACCUUUGUUAGAUUGUAGCUUAUGUGGAGCCACAGUCAGAAUCUGGGACUUCCUGACUGUUGCUCGUCCUGCUCGUUUUGCUCCCAAUAACAUUGAUAUUCCUGAAACAAGCAAGAAAAUGGCAUUGACACGUGGAGUGAGCGCAGCAAGUGGAAUCGGCGGAUGGGUUGCUACUGAUGGUAUGGAAAAAGAACAGACUGAGUACAAUGAUGAAGCUGCAACAACAGAUAAGGGGAAGAGGUCAAAUGUUGGGGUGGAUUUAAAUCUAACGAUGGCUGUUGGAUUAUCCUCUACGCAGUUGCAUAUGACAGCGAUGACUGAACAAUACCAAGGCACUAAUAUGGGAAGGGAUCUAUUUAUUGGUCAGCCUUCAAGCAGUGGGAUCGGUGACCGUGCAGCUUCAUAUGAAUCAAGAGGUCCCAGUAGUCGUAAGCGAAAUUUAGAUGAAGCUGGAAGCACAGUUGACAGGCCACAUUUGGUGAUGCAACCGGCAGAUAGCAUUGAAGGGACUGUCAUUGACCGGGAUGGUGAUGAAGUAGAUGAUUAUAAACUAUACUCAGCUGGCCCUUCAAAACGUGCCUGUGACUCUAAUGUUUUUGAAGCCUACCAUUCAUCAUAUGGGAGAGAUUCAUCUGGUGCUGGUCCAAGUCAUUCUUUUGGUUUCGAGAUAGAAACAGAUGCUCACAUAACUGACCCUUACUCCCUGCGAAAUGAACAAGCUUUUGGUGUUCCAUCAACUAGAGGUCUAACACGUGUAUCUUCUGUUAUUGCAAUGGAUACAGUUGGUCACAGUGAAGACAAUGAUUCAAUGGAAAGUGUUGAAAAUUAUCCCGGAGGUCUUGAUGAUGUCCAAUUCCCUUCUGUAUUGCUGUUUAAAAAUUCAGAUGUGAAUGACGCAUCAGAGUUGAACUACAGUAACCAAGCAGAGCAAAGUACUUGUCCAGGUGCAAUAAGAAUUGCUGGUGAGAUGGGUGUUAGCAGCACAAAUGAUUGUGACGAGGUAUUGAAUACAGAUACUGGAAGUGCCCAUGUGAGGGACGGGCCUAGCUUUGGCAUUAGUGGAGGGAGCAUCGGAAUGGGUGCUAGUCACGAAGCUGAGAUCCAUGGGACUGAUGUUUCCGUCCAUAGAGCGGAUAGCAUUGUUGGCGAUGUGGAACCAAUUGCUGAAGUCACUGAAAAUCAAGGUCAAACUGGUGAAUAUGCUCCAGAUCCUGGGCAAAUGGGUGACUUUGUCCCCGAAGAAAUGGAUAGAGUGGAUCGUCGCGGUGAUACUCAAGAUCUUAUGUCUCAGUCUGUAGGUAAGGCAGAUAGUGGCUCGAAAAUUGUUGGUUCAGCCAAGGCUGAAUCUGUUGAAAGCGGUGAGAAGACCAGUAAUAUGCGCAUAUCACCCCAUGAGAACAGUGUCCAUCCUUCCCUCUCUUGCAAUGCUAUUGUCUGUUCUGGUUAUGUAGCAUCCAAGGAAUAUAUGACUCGGAUAGAUCCUCCAAACGGAGAAAGCAACUAUGAAGAAGCCGUUGAGUUUGAUCCAAUCAAGCAUCACAAUUAUUUCUGUCCUUGGGUGAAUGGGAAUGUUGCUGCAGCAGGCUGUAGUGGUAGCAGUGGCUCUGAUACUGGUGCUAGUGCAAUAGCUCUUUGCGGUUGGCAGCUGACAUUAGAUGCCUUGGAUGCCUUCCAGUCCCUUGGACAUGUUCCAAUCCAGACUCUGGAAUCUGACUCAGCUGCAUCUCUGUACAAGGAUGAUCAUCUAACUCCCAGUCGCAAGCUCUUGUCCCGCCACUCUUUUAGCAAAAGCCGUGGACAAAACUGAAUUUGAAGCUCAAUUCAGAGUAUUAUGAAAUGUUUGCAGGUUAUGCAGCGGUGAAGCAAUCAAUGAGAAGCCAACUGGUCAUUGUGGCUGCCACAUUUGGGAUUUGAGAAAUUCUAAGAUAUGAUCUAGAAUGGAGCUAGAAAGUUUCCUUUUUUUUACUUGGGUUUUUUCUUUUUUCUUUUUUCUUUUUAAAGAGUAAUAGAAAUGCGAUUUGGCACUCAAUGAGGUUGAUUUGGUCAUGACAUUAGUUCAGCUGUUGGACAGAUGCUAAUGUUUUAUCGUAUAGGUUACUUAUGUUUUUAGACAUCGUGAAACUGAAAUAUAUGAUCGGUUCUUGGUUUUCAUGAUUUUAUGCUAAAUUCCUCAUCUCUUUUGUAGCUA